GCGCAGCGGGGAAUGCCCGCCAAUCAGAAGCGGCGGUGGGCGGAGCCACAGAGCCGUUCGGAUUCGCGCGGGCUCGGCGGAUCCAAGAUGGCGGCGCUGGCGAAAGAAGGAGGAGGAAGAGAAGAGGCAUCAGGGAGGGAGCCCGGCCCGGCCUCCUCCUUCUUCCCGGCCUCUCAGGGGAACCUCGGGCGGGAGCAGAUCUUGGACUUCAUCGUGGACUCCUUUUUGCGGACGCUGGAAACCGGCGGGUACCACACGUUUGCGAAGUGCUACAAGCGCCUUUACAAAGCCCAGCCUAGACUCACCAAGUGCGUCUACAACCAGUUUAUCUCCCAUUUGCAAAGCUCCGUCCGGGAGGAGAUCCAGGAGUUAAAGCAGGAAGGAAACCUCGAGGCGCUGUUUGAAUCCCUGGAUAAGCUUGUAGAGGAAGCGAAGGAAAGAGACACCCUUGCCUGGCGUCCCAGUGGAAUCCCCGAGGCGGACGUCCGUAACGUUGUGGUCCCCUAUCUCCUGAAGCACCGCGAAUUCCUCCAGAGGGCCUUAAAAAAGAAGGAAGAGAGCAACGCCAGGCUGGCCGAAGCAGUGCUCGCUGGCCGAAAGAAAAUUGCGGACCUGCAGGAGGAGAUCCAGAAACGCAAGGAAGCGUGGCAGGCAGUGGCUGCAGACGGGCGGAAGACCGUGAGCACGCUUGAUGAACUUUGUUGAGACCAAGAUGAUGCUUCCUGGCCUUCCACACAGGGAGCUCCUCCCGUGUCAGGAAAAAAAACUGUCCAUGCUUUGGAGAGCCCAGGGGUCUGAUCCGGGGCUUGCGGGCUCCGCCGGGGCAUUCUCCAGAGCCCGCCGUGUGACGGCAGCAACAGUUAAACACCCGAUGGCCUUUCCUGUGGGACGUCUUCAGAAACCUUCUUUUCUGUGUGUCCGGCGCCUGAGCCGUGUGCCAGAUGGAUCGCUCUGCAAGGCAGUGUUGCUUCUACCCAGAAGGGCAAGGGCCCAGGUUUCAUAUUUGUCCACAGUGUCCUGAAACUGUGGACAAGACUGGGUGAUUUACUCUCCUUUUCCUCAUUUUCUCCAGGUUUUAGUUGGUCCUAAGCCCCUAUCUGCAUUUUGUAAACAGGUUUCUUGGCUGUAUAUGUAUUUAUAUAUAAUCUUCACAUUAUCCAAGUAAGUUUUUGUCUAGU